UUGUCAAGAGAACAUCUCGAGUUCUUUUUAGUUUUUAUACCCAGGUACUUUUUACGCAAAACACCCGGAAAGUAUCAAAAUAACCCCUCGCUGCUCCAGCCCUCACCCUCUUCCUUCCUCUGCUCCUUCCCUCUUCCUUCCUCGAGGAGUGCAGAACCCGUUCCGCCGAGGCGAAGGUCGCCACGCAACUCUUCUAUUAUAGUCCUCCUCCUCCCCUCUACUGGACCGGCGUGGAGUGGACAUCCGUCCGAACUUAGAUUGUUUUCCUCUUUUGCUGGUAACAAAGCCUGCUUUGAUUCAUUGAUCUAUGAAUGAGGUUUAUGCCGGAGGAUCUUUUGUUUGCUGUGAGAAACGAAUCCUAAUCAUCCUUGCUUGGAUGGAUACCCAAUCCAUCCAGUUCGUUGAUUUGUUUUCUGUGUGAUGCUCACGUUUAAACAUCUCUGGAGAUGCAUCCUCCACUAACCUUGCACAGGCAUCCUAUGUGUGCUGAGAUUAUUGAAGCAUUUCAGAAGUGCCAUGUGGAUCACCCAGUCAAGAAGUUAUUUGGCGAGUGCACAGAUCUUAAGAUUAAGCUAGACCAGUGCUUCCGGCAGGAGAAAGCUUUGAAGAGGAAGGAAAACUUUCAAAAGAGCAAGAAAUUUAAAGAACAGCUGCAGGCCUAUAAAAAGGAGAUGGCUGAGAAGGGCAAGGAAUCAUAACUUGGAAUAGAGGGCGAGGACCCGGUGGCUUCAGUUGUGUACUUCACAUAUUUUACUGUUCAAAAGGUUACUAUUGAUGAACUAGAGGCUAUAAGUAGUACAUUGAACUUGGAGUUUUGAACUCUCUCCCGUGUGCCGUGGCUAUCCUACUUAUGUUCGGUCAGUUCUCAAAAAUAUAUAGAAAAAAACCCGACCUUCUUGUUCAGUCAAUUUUCAGUAACACUAGAAGCUCUAUAUAGCAGAGUAGCAGACGCAGACAACAAAGUUUGCACUAUGUUGUAUUGUAAGAACUAUGUUCUAGAAUAAGACUAUCCAGAUAAUUAUCAGCUGAAAUGAGAUUUUGCUUGAACGCCUGCAGAGACUAUUUUGUUCUGUGGUGUCAUACCAGCUAUUAACAUGUUGACAUGGUUUAUAGCUCAUGGGAUCAUUGUCUGGUAUUGGAAUUGGCAUUUAGUCAUACAUUGUUACAUUUUCAGUGUUUGUUAUUAUAGUUCCUUAAGAUUCUCUGCGAUUGUUUAAAACCAUCUAGGGUUUGUGAGCCUUCCUUUUUUAUUUCUGAAAUUUGUUGAUGUGCCAACGUCCCCAUCAGCACCCUUGAAUAAGGAUUAGGACGGAUGUGGCACUCGAAAAGAGAAGUCAGGGACAGCUAUGCACUG